AACAAUGUAAACAACCGUUUACGGACUACAUUUCCCAAGAUACUACGCAGUCACACGAUUCGAAAAAUUCAUGGGUCUUGCAGUAUGACGACUCUCAACCUGCGUCAUUUUGUUGUUAUUGAGCAGAAGAGAUUUGCAUCAAAGCUAUGAGAUCAAGUGGUGCAGCCGUUUUCACAAGACAUAAUCCGUUUCCACCGGAUCCUCCAUUGUCCAAGAGCCACUACAGUCCAUCUAGAUCCAGAAAAAUCCCAAAGCAACAAAAACGGCUGGUGAGAGACGUGGCUUUUCAUUGCCUUGAGUCCAGUCCGAUUCGCUGAACCACCAAGUCCUCCAGAUCCUCCUCAGACAGCAUCUUUAAGAAAGGAGGACCAGGUCUUCCAUGAAAGAUCACGUAGUGUGGUUCUCUGCCCUCCUUCAUCUACUGAAUGCCAGCUGAGCUUCUCUGAGUCUUGGCCUUCCACUGAGCUCAGUUGCUCUGCUGACAACACUAACAUUUCUCCCUGCUCUGAAGCUCAAACAAAAGCCAUGAGAAACAUGGUUGCACCGGAGACAAAUGGAUCCAAGGAACCAUCAGUUCUUGCAAAGUACAUUGAACGCUUUCGUUUCGGAAAGCCACAGAGUCGAGAGGAGAGGCAGCACCAGACGACUGAUGGAGGAGUAGAUCAGCCAUUUUGGUGGAUGUCCACAUCUCCUCCAUCCAGUUCAACACCAACACAAUCUUCAGAGAAACAUAUCAGAGAAGCACUUGACCUCAUGAAUGAUGAUCCUGAAAUCAGCCAGAGCCCAAUUUCGAAGCCUCGGCUUGAUGAAACUUCAAUGUCUCCAACUAGACACAUGCUCAACCUCAGCCUGCUGAGUGAAUUAUGUGAAUCAUCGCACUGUGAUCAAGAAGAACCAGAGAUACUGCAGCUACAGGAGCGAGCCAGCCGUUUACUGCAGAGGAGUGAGCAUUCUCUCAGCAGUGUCUCUGUGCCUAUCAGCUCUGAGGGUCUGGGCUGCUCUGAUUUCUCCUCACCCGUCAGCACAGAUGAGCCACUCAGAAGACCAGUCCUGUCCACCUUAAUGCCUUCAAACCACCUGGUUUUAGAGGCCGGUUUGUGUGAAGGGAUGCCUAUUCCUCCAGCAGUGGGUUCUGAAGGGUCUGGUGUCCGCCGUGAAGAUGACAUCCUGUUUCAGUGGCGUUUGAGAAGGAAGAUGGAACAGGCUAGACAGCGGUGUCUGGAGGCCCCUUUUUACAAUUCUGUUCUCCAUUUACCUCUGUCACAAACUGCAGGACCAAACAAGAAGCAAAGCACAUUAAACAGCUCGCCUCAUCAGACAGCAAACCUCUCCUUCACACCAGUCACCUCCGUUAGCCUCGAUCCUCCAGUCCUUGAAACUACUCUCCCUAUUUCAAGCCCCAGCGUCUCCAGACUCCAGCCUGAUGUCAUUCGAGAGCAACCAGACCUCGACGUCCAUCCCAAAGCCCUUCGCCAGCACUCCAGUAGAACUGUCACAAACAAUCUGGAAUCUCCUUAUUCCCAAUCACAGCAACAACAACACCGCAAACAAAUCAGACCACGAACCAGCAUCCCAGAAAGCACAGCAGAGCAGCGCACACAGAGAUCACAGAGAUCAUCUUCUCCAUCUCCACAAACAUCUGACAGCACAGAGGAGCACUGGCCAAACCUGAAGGAGAAGAAGGAGACUGCAGGCAAAAGAAAGACUGAACAUGAGAGACGAGAGAAGAAGAAGAAUGCACCUUCAAGCCAAAAGAAGAAAUCAGAACGUCAUGCUAGCGAGGCAGGCAGAAGCCCAGUGAGAGUCAGACAUUCCAGGGGUCAUGAAGGGGUCACUCGCAAUCCGGAGAAGCCAAGUGGAAAAAGCAGGUGGCAGGAAGAGUGUCAAAGUUCAGCACGAGGAGGAAACCGAGCACCGCCACCCUCACCUAUACACAACGCUCUGGGACAGGCAGUCUCUGAGGUGCUGUUUGCCGGUUCAGAUUCUCCAACACAAUGCAAGACUCCAAGUUCUUCAGAUUCUCAAGCAUACACACCACCUCCACCCCCACAAUCCCCAGCGGUCUCUUGUUCCGGUGUGCAGCAAUCCGUGCAGGUCAUAGAUCAACUCAUGCAGGACGCAGAAGACUCUGAUGGGGAGGAGUUUGAAGACGAUCCAUUAUUGCAAGUACUCAGACAACAGAGAAAAUGGGUAAAGGAUCAACUUCGUGAGGUGGACCUGAUGCUCCAGCACCUCUGAGGAGCACAAUUGCUGUCACAAAGAUGCAAUAAUACCUUUCAAACAUGAUAUCAUGUGUUUAUUUUUGCUACUAUUUAUUAAUGCUGUUUUAUAUUUGAGAUUCAAACGUUUUCUAAUGUAUUUCUAAAUAAAGACCUCUGCAAAUAAGA